AUGAAAAACCCAGAUUGGCACAAAGCAAUGGACUCGGAGUUCAAUGCCUUACUUCAUAACGGCACUUGGGAGUUUGUUCCAUGGUCCUCUCAUACUCCCAUCAAUUGUAAAUGGGUGUUUCGAGUCAAAUGCAACGCAGACGGUUCUGUUGCCAAAUACAAGGCUCGGUUAGUGGCUAAAGGUUUCCAACAACAAUACGGCAAAGACUACUUUGACACCUUCUGUCCAGUCACUAAGCCCGUCACUAUUCGAACCAUUCUCUCCAUUGCCCUCUCAAAAUAUUUGUCACUUUCGUCAACUCGAUGUGAACAAUGCGUUUCUUCAUGGCACCUUGAAUGA